GUAUUAAUGCAAUGACAGCAAAACCAGGAGUAUGAUUUCUCGAACGUGGCCAGCGCUGCGGAAAUAUUGUCCCAUUAUGCAAACCCGCUUUUCAAUGCCUAUUUCGAGCAAAUUGCACACUUGAUACCCAUUCUAUAAGUGUUCUCGCUGAGUUUCUCCGGUGAUCCCCACCCGGGACCCCUCGACGUGGCCGCCGUCCCUACCUGAGGACGCUGCACUCCGGGAUCACUCCUCCGCGUUUCUCCACCGGACCGUUUCACCAAAUAAAAAAACACCGAGCAACAACUUAUCCCCCUCCGUUUCACUUUCCGUGGACGUGUCGUGAACAGUCCGGUCCAAGAUGUCGGUGGCGGGGUUUAAGAAGCAGUUCUACAAAGCCAGCCAGAUGGUGAGUGAAAAAGUGGGCGGCGCCGAGGGAACCAAGUUAGACGAAGAGUUCAAAGACUUGGAGCGGAAAGUAGAUGUGACCAGUAAAGCAGUGGUGGAGGUCAUCUCCAAAACGUCAGAGUACCUCCAGCCCAACCCAGCCUCCAGAGCCAAGCUGUCGAUGUUGAACACGAUGUCCAAGAUCCGCGGGCAGGUGAAGAACCCGGGCUACCCCCAGGCCGAGGGGCUGCUGGGCGAGUGCAUGGUCAAGUACGGCCGGGAGCUGGGAGAAGACACCAACUUUGGGGGAGCUCUGGUGGAUGUGGGCGACUCUAUGAGGAGGAUGGCGGAGGUGAAGGACUCGCUGGACAUCGACGUCAAACAGAACUUCAUCGACCCCCUGCAGGGGCUCUGUGACAAGGACCUGAGGGAGAUACAGCACCACCUGAAGAAGCUGGAGGGGCGGCGGCUGGACUACGACUACAAGAAGAAGCGUCAGGGGAAGAUCCCCGACCUGGAGAUCCGCCAGGCGCUGGAGAAGUUCCACGAGUCCAAGGACGUGGCGGAGACCAGCAUGUACAACCUGCUGGAGACCGACCAGGUGGAGCAGGUGAGCCAGCUGUCCUCCCUGGUGGAGUCCCAGCUGCAGUACCACCGGCAGGCCGUGACCGUGCUGGACGAGCUGUCCGACAAGCUCAGAGAGAGGAUGAACGAGGCCCAGUCCCGACCACGCCGCGAGUACACGCCCAAACCCAAGCCUGUCUAUGACUACGAGGACAACGACCAAUCGAACGGCGACUACAGCACGGUGGUCCCGCCUCCAGCACGCAACUCGGUCCCGGAGCAGCCCAGCUGCAAGGCGCUCUACGACUUCGACCCGGAGAACGAGGGCGAGCUGGGCUUCCGCGAGGGCGACAUCAUCACGCUGACCAAUCAGAUCGACGAGAACUGGUACGAGGGCAUGCUGCACGGCCAAUCAGGAUUCUUCCCUCUCAACUACGUGGAGGUGCUGGUGGCCCUGCCCCUCUAAAGUCAUGGUAGGGUGAGAGGGAGAGAGGGAUGAGGGUGACGAUAGGGAUGGGGUGUAGAAUAUUCAUCUUCAUCUUGUAGUCCACCACGACAUCAUCUUCAUUAAUACUACAGUCUCCUUUCUGUCUUCGGGACUUUGAAGGGAAAUUCAGAAGACGAUGUUACACAUUCCAGAUGAGAAAUGUAUUAAAAUAAAGACCACUCCCACAACGAGGUUAGAAGGUCAGGGUCCCUCGUCUGAGACAACUCGUUAUGAAAUCAUGUUUACCUCAGAACAGCUGAAUUGAGGAGAAAAAAAACGUUACUUCAUUUUUUUUUAAUUGAUAAGAGUACAACUCAUACAUCAGACAGGUGACUUUAUUGUUCCCCUACAUUUCAUAAACAAUAUGGUUUUAAUUGUUGUGCAGAGCCGAGUCAAUUGAAUUGACUCUGCUGCCCUCUGGACGCCCCCUGUUGGCUGAACUCAUUAUGACACCAGGCGUAAAGUUGCACAGUAGCAGAUAUGGGUCACGCGGUCGAAGGUCUGCGAACACUUGUUGUUUUUAAAAGAUUUAUUGUUGUUUAUUUUGUGCUUUUGGUUUCCGUCAAUUAUGAGCCUUAAAAUCCGUUCUACAUUUCGGGGUUUACCUUAAGAUCCAGAGACACUCCGCACACGGUGACACCGCGGCCCUGAGGCUGUGGCCCCGGGCUCCAUCACACCCUCAGAGACCAGACCUCUCUGAGGGUCCUGAUAGGAUUUCAGUAUUUACUCCUCAUAACUUUUUAUCUCGCCGUUUGCGCAACAAUUCUUCAGAAUUGUGCCGUUGUUCCGGAUCUGUGAAAACAUAAGUUUUGUUAACGCACCUUGGUCCCCAAAUGAGAUUCACGCGAGCGUGCGUGUGUGUUUUUUCGACGGUGAGACAACUCCACCGUGACGCCCAGACCCAAAGUUGAUGCUCUUCUUGCACCUGUUUUUCACUUCAACUUUUAGCCACUAAUCAGUACACUGUCUGUGUAUCGUACCAUGUGUCUGGUAUACAUGUAUGGUAUAUAGGUAUAUACGUAGGGUGCAUCAGCCACAUGGCUCUCAGCAAAACCACAGUACCUUCCUGUUGUCUUACACAGUACUUACUGUACUGUACUACACGUGAUGCCUCUGCAUCACCAAGGCCUGUUAUUGGUUACCUAGAGACUGUAAUCUGACCGGAGCAGUCGGUCUCGGCACCUGCUCGCUCUUUAUGACACUAGUCUACCAGGUUUUACUCACCGGACCUGAGGACACUGCAGGCAGUGUCUCUUUAGUCCCAUCCACCACGAUCCACCCCACUGUUUACUAUAUGCCCUCCACCUUCUCCUGUAUGAUGGUGUCUUAAAUGCAUCGUUCCGAUUGGUUUAGUGGUUCAUCAGACUGUGAGGGAGAGACCAGGGUUGAAAAGGGAGUUCUUAAAGGGAAAGGUCUACCGUUAGAAGUCUUCUUCCCCUUUCGUGUCGCAUGACUCUUUUCUGCCACCUCUUUUUACUCAAGCGGGCAGAUGAGUUAAGUUAUGUAUAGAUCGGUGAUUAUGAUGAAGGAUCCCAGGGGGACUUUAAGAGACUUCUUCUCCCUCUGUUCCAUCUCCUCUCAUGUUUACAUGUCUCAUCUACAGUACAUUUCACUGGUAGUACUGGAGGGUUUCAGGGUGGAUGUUUGGUGUGGACUCACUGUAUUAUAGGAGGGCAACAAGACACAAACCCUUCGCUUAGCUGUUUUAGUGCCUUUGAAAAAGGGAGGUGGAGACAUGACUAAUAAUAACCAAAAUAAUAUAGACUUUUUUAAAUGGUCAUGAAUUUCCUGACCUGAUCCGUUUAUUCUAUCCCGUUUUGUAUUGUUUUUUCCCUCCCACCAUGGCACUUUGCUGUGUACAAACGUAGUGCAUGUGUACACGGUCACAGACCCCACAUGGGACAGGGCUGAGUGGUUUACUCUGCCCACAUGGACAUCUGGUCUGGCAGUAGAGCACGCUGGUUAGGUUAACGGCAUCUGGAACUGGUUUGGAUCCGUGUUCAGAACCCCCCCCCCCCCAGUCUAUUGUCUCCCUGUUUUUCUAAAGAGUUAUAUAUGUGUGUUUUAAUCUGACAGCUAGAAUACUCCCUUUUACACCGCGAAAAUCCCUUUGUCUCUCCUAUAGUAUUUUUUUUAUAUGGACCCUAGCCAUUUUUAAAUUUAACUUUGCAUGUAGUCUCAUAUGAUACAUUGUUAAUGUAUGUUUUAGUUUAAGUUACCUUUCCAUGUUUUUUAUGUCAUGAGUCCAACAUUUAACGGCAAUACUUUGUGAAUUAUUAUCAAAAUAUUUGUACAUGCUUCUUGUUUUGUCAACCUUCCCCAUUCUUUUAAUAAAGAAAGAAAAAUAAU